GGUGUCGGUAUUUGCGUAAAAUGCAACGCGACGGCACACAUGCAGAAGAUUAUCACAGCCAAACAAGACAGUAGAUGAGCCUCGGAAUAAUGCUCGCACUACAAGGCGUUCGCUGUAGCUGUUUGACAUCAUGCGGAAAAAAGGCAGCGCGCGAAUUCGAUUUGCAUCUGAUGCAGUUUGUCUUUGCGUUUGCUGUGCGUAAGUCAUCCCUCCACUUUUCUCUUUUUUAUUGCUAGCUUCUCUUGCGCAAAAAUAAAAACUCCUGUCCUGUGCCGGAAAUCCUUUCUUUUUUGUUUUUCUACUCGGGAGCUGUUUCUGGCUCACCUUCGUAGCAGCUAUUACAGUGCCGAAGAAUGUUGCGCCAUAUUGUUUUUCUACUGUCACGGCCGGCCACCCUCACCGCUAAAAACGGGUAGUGCCUCGCCUUACAAAAUGUUUCUCGGCUCAGCCCUGAGGCAGACACUCGCCCGCAGAAAGUGAAAGCUUGACAGUGCCCGGACAGUACCUCGCUCACCUAGAAGCGAGCGCGGUUGUUUUUCCACGGUCCUUCCCGGGAGCGUUCGCCUUUAAGUCAAGCCUGCAUGCUAGUCCUUUUUUUUCUUCUGCUUGUCCUCUGGCUUAGAGCUCAGGACGCGACCAAGAGCCUGCUAGCGUUGGCAUUUAUUUUACGUCGGCAGCGGCUUUGUCAUUAUUUCGCGCGAAGUUUUCGAUUGAGAAAGCACCACAGCUCCAUUCCCGCCAAUUUGCACCACAGCGAGCUCCAUUCCCGCCAUGGAGGCCGGGGGCAGGAUAAUUAUUAGCAGGUGUGAGGGCUCCCCUAGCGUAACGGAUCAAAGAGCGGGAUGGAGUAAAUUUGCAAGAUUUGUUCGCCUUCUUUCACGAGCGCACAAUUUUGAAAAUCAUCUCAUUUGAGGCUGCGAUAAAUCUAAGUGAGCGGAUCGAAGAAAUUGCGGCCCGAGGCGCAAUUUCAGUAAGGCAGCCGCCGUCCGCCGCUUCUACCAAAGUGAUGCCCAGUUGCCGCCCCUUAGCAGGUACUUUUUUCAUAUUGUAAGCCAGUGCAUGAGUGUCGGCGUUGCGAAGUGACUGAGGUAGUGAAUAAUCCGUGGACUGUACACAAAUUCAAAUAGCGACUUAGUGUCUGCGCUUAUUUUUGCGAUGAUCGGAUGUUGAAACAAAUGCUAGCGCGCGACGCAAAGGCAGACUUCGGAAGUAGAUUGCAGGUUACAUUCAUGCGCAACCUUCAUGAUUGAUUCUAUAUUCCAGGGCACGGCAGCUGGAUCUCAGUGGCGAGGCACCGCCUGGACAGGAAG